UUCCGGAGGGAUUCUGCGGUUAAAUGCAAAUUCUGGAGCAGCCCGAGAUCCACAAUGAUCACUUGCAGGUUGUGUCUGUUCAGUGCCGACGAGAUGCUGUACAUCUUCGGUGAACAGGCUCAAGCGGUGAAGCUGGAAGAGCAGCUGCGAAACCAUCUGAAUCUCAUCGUAACAGAAGACAGUCCUCUGCCGCGGCACGUUUGCGCCAAAUGCUGCCAAACGCUGGUAGCAUUCGAUACGUUCUACCAAGAGGUAUCCCAGAACCAGGCACUGCUUACGCUCAACGCACAGCAACCGACGGAAACGAUUACGUUCGUCCGGGCUGAUCCGAAGGAUGGACACUACGUGCUGCAGGACGGAUUGACGCUUGUGAUAGCAAACACGUUGCCGAUCGAACCGUCAGCUACAGACGUUGUAGACAUACGGCCACCAUCGUACGAUGAGGUACAGCAAUCCAAGGUUCACGCCAGCAGCAUAACAACGUUGCAGGCCAGCGAAGAACUGAUCGAGCACGAUGAGAACGAGGUCCAGUAUGAAGAAGAAUCGUACCAGGUGGAAGUACAGAGCAUGGAACCAGAGGACAACGAUGAGCACAACGAGGACGAGGACGAUCACGAUGAGGAGGAUGCGCACAGCGUGGCGGAUGAUUUGUUUACCGAAAGCGAAAGCAGCGUGAAUGAAGAGGAAGCGACGGUACCAGAGAACACAGACUUGGACGGACUGCUGCCGAAGCAACUGCUCGUCAAUGGGAAGUUCGUUAUCCGCGGGGAAAAGUUGACCAAGUGCAUGGACCAAUUCUACGACCUGACGUGCCGCACCUGUGAUAAAGCUGAAUGGUCAACGAUCAACGAGCUGUUUCUGCACUAUCGCACUGAACACGGUGCGACAGGGUAUGUGCAAUGCUGUGACCGUAAAAUGAGACGAACGAAGGUGUUGGCCACCCAUAUGGCGACCCACGUACAGCCAGAAGCAUUCCAGUGCCACAUUUGCCAGAAAAAGCUCACCUCACAGCAGACGCUUCGUUCGCAUUUGAAGAAUCAUCUCCCGGAGGAAAAGCGACCGCUCAAGUGUCGGCACUGUCCACGGCGUUUUAGUUACACCAGCGUUUUGGCGACACAUCUCGCUACGCAUCGUGUUUCACCAGCGCCGAGCAAAGCGCACGUUUGCGAGCACUGUAAUCGUGCCUAUCGUACGGCCAGGGGGCUACAGGAUCAUGUGGUGAAGCAACAUUCCGAUCCCGGGAACCAGCAACCAUCGAACGGUGUGCAAAGCGGUAGCCAUGUGUGCCAUGUUUGCCAGAAGCAGUUCGCCUGUCGCAGUAACCUGGUUUACCACAUGACGACACAUCAGCCUCCUUUGCAGCAGGUCCAGUGUGAGCAGUGCGGUAAAUGGUUGAAGAACAGGAUCUGCCUGAACAAACACAUGAUGCAGCACUCGCAGAUACGGCACAGUUGCAACCAGUGUGACUACUCGGCCGUCAACGUGCAAAGCCUGCAGAACCACAUCCGAGUGAAGCACUCGUCCGAUCGGCCGUACGUAUGUGGCGAGUGUGGGAAAGCAUUCAAACUGAAGAACAACCUGCAGAAUCACCAGGUGCUACACACGGGCGAACAACGGUACGCUUGUGAGUUUUGUCCGCGAAAGUUCUUCUCCAGCGGCAACUACUACACCCACCGGAAACGAAUGCAUCCUCGGGAAGUUGAUGAGGUUAAAAAGCGGAAAGAGGACUACGAACGUGCAUUCCGUGAGCGAACCAUCUUGGCUAAGACGAAAAGGGACUCGAUCGGAGCAACCUAAAUGCCGGACACUCCGAGAGGCUACUUUGAAUAAAGAUACGAUUAAGUAAAAAG